AUGAAAGACUGGACGUUGAUCUGUACAACGUGUAAAACUGAUGAGUUAGAUUGUGGCAAUAAAGGAUGGCAAUCGAUCGAACAACACAUGAGCAAAAACAAACAUCGUGAGAAUGUGAAAUUGAUCAAAGGAAAUGCAACAUUCAUCAACGUAACACAAACAAGCAACAUCCAGUUACAACAACCUUCGACAUCAUCGAUCAUCUCAACCGCCACACUAACGCAUCCUAUCAAAAUUAUUAGUUUUCAAGAUCAAGUGACUCGUGCUGAAGCAGUAUGGGCUAUCAAUGCGGCUCAACAUGGAUAUAGCUAA